CAAUAAACUGUUGUCACUUGAGAAUAAACAGUCUGGACCAUGUACGGUUUAUUUGGGAUACUGAAAAAAUAAACAAAAUUCAGGGAAAAUCCUUUUCUGAAGAACUUCAGCAAUGAAUGGCUUUGGAGUCCUGCUUCGAAACAAUCAGUUCAUCCUCCUGCUCUUCUUUCUCUUGCAAAUUCAGAGUCUGGGUCUGGAUAUUGAUAGUCGCCCUACCACAGAAGUCUGCGCUACACACACAAUUUCACCAGGACCCAAAGGAGAUGAUGGUGAAAAAGGAGAUCCAGGAGAAGAGGGAAAGGAUGGCAAAGUGGGGCGCAGGGGGCCAAAAGGAAUUAAAGGAGAACUGGGUGAUAUAGGCGCCCAGGGCAAUAUUGGCAAGUCUGGGCCUAUUGGCAAGAAGGGUGACAAAGGAGAAAAGGGUUUGCUUGGGAUACCUGGAGAGAAAGGAAAGGCAGGUACUGUCUGUGAUUGUGGAAGAUACCGGAAAGUCGUUGGACAACUUGACAUUAGUGUUGCCCGGCUUAAGACAUCUAUGAAGUUCGUCAAGAAUGUCAUUGCAGGAAUCAGGGAAACUGAAGAGAAAUUCUACUACAUCGUGCAGGAGGAGAAGAACUACAGGGAAUCCCUCACCCACUGCAGGAUCCGGGGAGGCAUGCUAGCCAUGCCCAAGGAUGAAGCCAUCAACACCCUUAUUGCUGACUAUGUUGCCAAGAGUGGCUUCUUCCGGGUGUUCAUUGGGGUGAAUGACCUUGAGAGAGAGGGGCAGUAUGUGUUCACGGACAACACCCCACUGCAGAACUAUAGCAACUGGAAGGAGGGGGAGCCCAGCGACCCCUACGGUCAUGAGGACUGUGUGGAAAUGCUGAGUUCAGGCAGAUGGAAUGAUACGGAGUGUCAUCUCACCAUGUACUUUGUCUGUGAGUUUGUCAAGAAGAAAAAGUAAUUUCCCUCAUCCUACACAAUUGAAAUUUCCCUGCAUUUUCCACUGCAGUUGGUUUUAUCCAUUCUUGUCUCUCUUCUGUGACAUACUUAACAUGUUUGUAUGUAAUAGAUCCUUGACACAAGAGCUCACCAGAUGACAUGGGUCCUGAGAGAGUUUGAAUCACUAGUUGAGCAGAAGGUGUUUGUCUAUGCCCACAUGAAGAGUUCACUUGGAAUUUGCUCUGACACCUCCCCUUAGAGCUCUAUCCACUGUGGGUAAUUGACCAGUUGGUCAGAGAUGAUUAGGUUGGUUGGUGAUGAAUAAGCUAACCUGCCCUUGCUCAAAGCCAGACACACAGGAAAGACUUCUGUGAAUAAUGCCAAGGUAUUACCUGCCUUUCAAUCCAAAUAUUUGACCAGUCACCCACUAUGGCCCUGGUCAAACUUGAAAGUUCCCCUUGUUUACCCGGACAUAGAAAUGCUUAACCUCAAACCUCUCUAUGAGGAACUUCUAGCUUAGUGACCUGUUCCAGAUCACAUGGGAUCAUAGAGACUCCUUUUGUGCUUCUGAUCUGUAUCCUUCACUGAAGAAUACUAGACUGGAGCCUUGGACCUGUUCUAGAGACCUACACUUUCAUCUCAGGCCCCUAGAUAGAAACUUUUUUAUUUAAGUAAUAGGAAACUCUGGAAAUUGAAAAGGAAAAAAAAAAAGAAAGAGAAGGGUUAUUUUCAAACAACGUGUUCCUGAUUGCUGCCUCCCGUUAACUACAUCUUCACUUUUUUUCAUUAUGAGAUUAUUCACAUAGGCUUUCCUCCCCUUAAGUACGGAGAAUGAGAGAGGGGUUGUGAAGCCUUCAGGAAAUUCUAGAUACUAAAACAUGCUACCAUCACUGUGUCUCCAGGUGUCUUUCCCCUUGCCUCUAACAUGUCCCUCUAACAUGUGACAUGUAACAUUUCAUGGGGAAACCUUUCACUCUCUAUCUACUUACAUUGUGGAAAAAUCCAUACCAGAGGUCCCCUUCCUACAGCUUGGACAUCACAGGUCUGUGUCUGGCAUGGAAUUUGGAAUGUGUGUAGAGUUCACAUUGGUCGAGCUGGUAAAAUUUGCCUUGAACUACAGACUAAAUCUUAAAGCAGAUUUCACUUGACAUUUAAAAAUAAACAGUUCAAUGAACCUCUAGAUUAUCCUCUUAUAAACUGAUGCUCCAGUUAUGGUUUGUGACAUAUGAUUAGACUGUUUUAAAUGCUGGCAAAGGGGUUAAUGAAAUGAGAAAAACAGAUCAACAACAUAUGUUCUCCUUAAACCAUCUGUCCACGAUUUUUCCCAUCACUGGGUAUGAGUUGGGAUUUAAUGAGGUUAGUUCUGUGGGGUCAGCAAGGACCACAAACUCAGAUCCUAGAGGGGCCAGACUGAUGACAUACAUAAACAAGGUGGAACAGGUGAGGACCUUGAUACAUGAACACAAUUGCUUUUCUGGAGGAGCCAUAUGCUCCUCAGCCACUGUUAAUGUUGCCAUGGAGCAAUCCGUGUUGCUACAAGACCUGGCAUAAGUCAGAAAGCUGUAACUUUAUAUCUUCAUAUUUUUAAAUGUUGACAACUAAUCAAUUUUUAACCUAGAUUUUUAAGUCAUUCAAAAAAAAGUCUACUAGCCAAAAUUGUGAUCUUUCCAUUUUUCACUUCUGGGGCAAAGUUCUGAAGGUUCUAAUCAUAUAAAUGUCAUUAAGAUAUGAUGACAUGAAAGUCAAGGUCUCCCAUUAACAUCUUAUUCAAUUCACCUUAAUAAUAGAAAUUUGUCAGGUUAUGGAACUCAUUACUUGUUCUCUUUUGAUAAUGUGGCAUAGGCUAUUUUGAAGGAUAGGCAGCUUAAUAAAAAAUUAUAAAGCAGGACAACAAUGCCCAUGCCCAUAUCCUUGGGUAAAAUGCCAGCCAAGAUGGUUAGGAACAGGAACACCUAGAAAUAUGUGGAGGGAAAGAAAGGGAUAAGAGAAGAGGGGGAAACAGACGGCAUAUCCAGCCUAGAAACAGCGCCCAUGGGGAUCCAUAUUCUGAUUUGUUCUAAGUCCCCCAAAAUAAGAAUGCUUAUUAUGCAUACUGCAAAUGCUAUCAUAUCUGUUAUGAAUAUUAUAAUACUAACAGAAGUUGUCUCUAUGACUCAUCUUUGUUAUGGAUGUUUCCGAGAGAUGACAACCUUCAAAGAGUUAAGAUUCAUCCUGAAUCCUUGCCUGGAAGAUAUUUAGAAGGCACCACACAUUAAAUUGGAAUUACUAUGAAAACCUACAUUUGCAAAGAACUUUUGCUUUAUAAAAUGCCUUUGCAUGUCAUUGCUCAUUUGAUCCUGAUGAAGUCUGUGAACUCUGAAGCAUAGGCAUUUUAUACCAUUUUCCCAAUGAGAAUACUAAGGCCCCAGGAAGCAAGGAAUUUUAACAAAAUAAAUUCUUUGGAGGGAAAAAAAAGGCAGGCCUCCAGUCUGAUGGUUGAAACUGCCAAUCCAGUGGUUUUUGUUAUCCUGCCUAUGCCUGUUGAUUUAAUGUUGAAUGGGAAGUUCAUCCACAGUGCCCUGUGAUAGUAGGGGCUCAAAUAAUCCAUCUCUAUUAUUUUUUCAAGUGAAAGACAAAGGUUAACUAACAGAGAUGCAGGGGAUUCAGAAUCUUGCCUUAAAGACUCAGUGUUCACUGGUUUCUUUUAAAUUCAUAGUUGCCAAUAUAUGACAAUAGUGUUGUGAAGGUGACUUAGUACAAGCUCAGUACAAUUUUGCAGAUAUCUACAGAUAGGAGAUCAUAUUAUAUAUAUGGGGAAAAAUCAAGAUUUUUCCAAAAUAAAAUUGAUUGAAUAAUCAUUUCUUCAUACAAUAAUUCACUAGAAAUGUCCCAUAAAUAGUAUUUUAAAACAAUUUUGUUCUCAACAAGCGAAUUUAUAUUAGGCUUUUCAGGGUUACAUCUGGGUAUCUCCCAAGGACUACAUAAAGUUUCAAGGAGAGAAUUUUUUUAAAAAAAUUUACAAUCCUGCCUUUUCAAAGCAGCACAUUCUUCAACCAGGCUGGAAGAAAUAUCCUAUAUCUUGUUAUUGCUCAAACACAGUAGAAAGGUGAAUACUCCAGGCGGAAAGAGAUAUAACAAACAUUGAUUGCAUUUUGUACAGCUCAUCCAUAAAAACUGCUGGCAUUAAAAAAAAUGUGUUUUAUUAUUCUAAAAUCUGUAUUAUCUAAAUAUGAGUAGCUCUGAUUUUUGUUAACCAACUGAUUUUCAGCUCUGUAGAUUGCAUAAUUUAGAAGCAACAAGAUAUUUGUGGAAUAGAAAGGGUAAACUAAACAAAGUCAUUCACAGCAUCAUCAACAGAUUGAAAUUGAAUUUUUGCAGGUGCUAUCCUUGAUAAGAAAAUGAUGGUGUCAUUCCAUGAGGGGAACAAGAGUCUGAAAGCAUCAUUUAGAAAUUCAAAAGCUAUAUCUGGUGUCAUGACUAUCUGAGUACCAGAGUUGACUGUGCACUUACCAACCACAUUAGGGACUAUUAGUGCUCUAAAACUUGUUUUCCUAAUUUACAUUGUUCCUCCCCAGAAAGUACUGUGGUAAUUGAGGAGGUGAUGUAACAAAGAAUUCAAUAGAGAAACAGCUAAACAUGUUAUAUGUAUGCAGUAAAACUUAGACAUUACUACAAGCUACAUGUGCUAUAAGUUUUUUUAAAGAAACAAACUGCAUCUUUUAAUAUAUAAAAAAAUACCUAAGUCUGUAUGUAUCACAUGUAUGUUACUAAUAAAUUAUAUAAACUAUACACACAGCAUAUGUGUAUACAUACUAGAUAUUAUGUGAAUAUACAUAGCAAAGUAACCUUUUAUACUUAUUUAUAGAUGAAUUUAUUCUAGUACAUAAAUUUGCCAGAAGUAACUAUGCUUAUUAGACUUAGAUCUGAGAUUCAUAACUGGACAUGAUUGAUCUUAAAAUCAUCUGUACUUUUUCUAUGAUGUAGCUUUUUUGAACCUCUGUCACAUAUAUUAACUUUUUUAAAGUUCAAAGUGAAAUCAUUGACUUGUAUUGCCUUGAGUUUGUAAGACCUUCAUAAUAUAACUAAAUCUUUUAAAAUUUGAGGGAAAACCUAUUAAGUCUUUUUAAACGGGGAUUGAAGGAAAGUUGCCCUUUUCCAUAGAGAAUAUGAAUCUUUUUGUGAAUAAGAGACUUAAUUUUACUGUUUCCUAAUAGUCAAGCAAUCUAUAUUUGAGAAUUUUCAAUAAUUUCAAUAAGCCUAUUAGAAACAUAUUCCUUAUAGAAACCUAAAAUACAUUUCUUUCUGAUUC